AUGCAAGGUAUUACGGCAGUAAACAGUUUGCUGUGGCUGGCAAUACAAACACUGCUUCUAAAGUUCAGGAAGCAGCGGAAGCUCAGUAGCUGCAGUAGUUGGUUUCUGAUUCAACUUAGUACUGGGGUAUGUGAGGAAGAACAGAGUUGUAGUCAACAAGUUAGAAGUCAUAUGCUCCUACAGUAUAAACUAAGUGAUCUUGGAUCACAUCCUUCCGGCUCAGAAAAUAUUUUUACUUCUUCCUAA